UCCAAGGUCCCUUCCAAGUCUGUUAUUUUGUUAAAAGACUUUUCUCCUUGUGUGAUAAAGAGGGGAAGGAAAAACCAGCUUUCCGUAGGAGGAAUGGGAGAUAGCUUAUAAUUGUGUCUUAGGAGAGGCAUGGUGGACUCUUCAAACUACCCUUCCUGGGUCUGUUUCAGGGCUCCACACACCUUCUUGUAAUGUUCUUGUAGUGUUCCAAUAUCUCGGGGGCUGCCCCAAAAAAGAGGGAGUCAAGCUAUUCUCCGAAGCACCUGAGGAUAGGAGAAGAAGCCAUGGGUGGAAACUAAUCAAGGAGAGAAGCAACCUAGAACUGAGAAUAAAUUUCCUAACUGUUAGUACAAUUGAUCAGUGGAACAACUUGCCUCCAGAAGUUGUAAAUGCUCCAACACUGGGAGUUUUUAAGAAGAGAUUGGAUAACCAUUUGUCUGAAGUGAUGAUGUAGGGUUUCCUGCCUGGGCAGCGGGUUGGAUUAGAAGACCUCCAAGGUCCCUUCCAACUGUUAUUCUAUUCUAUUCUAAGUUUAGGGUUGGAUUUCUGUUGAGAGCAUCUGGAACAUCCACAGUUUGGAGGAUCUGGGUUUCCUGGCUUGGGAAGCCAUCCUUCCAGGGUUUGGAGGAAGGGAAAUAGCCCCUUCUGACGCAAUCCAAAAGUUCAGGCUGAUCUGCGCCUCUUGUGUCAAUAUCAGAGUCUUUGCAAAGUGGCACCCUGGAUACAUAGUUUUUUUUUAAAAAAAAAUCCCACAAACUUCAAGAUUUCUUAAGUUUCAAAACAAACUUGCAUAUCCUUUGUAAUGUGUACCAGUGGUGGAAGUGGUACAUGUGUUAAUGUCCAAGAUUUUUUCCCCCACCCAUUGCAAUUAUCUUUCAUCAGCAGUUGUGAUCUACUGUUUUUGCUUUUAAUCCCUGCAAGCCACUCUCGUGGAUAUUUUUCAGGAAAGUAAAUUGUAAACAUAUUAAAUAAUGAAAGGUUCCUGUCAGUGCUUUGGAUUAUAGUUUUCUACAUCUUAGCCUGCAAGCUGGACAUACGGUAAUUCCCAAAGAAUCCAGUCAUGGAGGGGAGAAAUGCCUCAUUCUUCAAGAUGGCUGAAGGGGUCUCUCCUUGCGAUUCUACUCCCAUGAAUGAAAGUUGCUUUGCAGAUUCAGAAGAGCGCUUGGAUUUAUUUGGAAAAAUGGCAAGAACUCAGCAGGACAUUCUGAAAGAAGAAACCACACAUUGCGUUGUCCAUCGUUGCCCUUUCAGGGAGUUCUGUUGCCAGGAAGCUGAAGGACUCCGAGAAGUAUGCUGCCAACUCCACCAUCUUUAUGAUCGGUGGCUGAGCCAAGAGGACCACAGGAAAACUCAGAUGAUGGAUUUGGUGGUCCUGCCACUGGCCACCCUGUCCCAGAUGGAGAACUGUGGCUGGAUAUGUAAAACAGAGACCAGCUCUCCAGAAAUGGGUCUGGCUGAAAGUUUCCUCUUGAGCCAAGUGGAGCAGAAAAUGCAGCAAAAACAGCAGGUUCGUGCGCCGUUCAUGGAGAUGGCCACCCAAGGUUCUGAAGCAUUAGAGGGGGUGUCACAUCUCCCUCCAGAAAUUGUCUCCGGGAAGAUGUCCCAGGAGCAUCCAUCUCAGGAGACUUCAUCAGAAAAUGGAGCAAUAGUGACUGUACCAAUGAAAAGGUCUCUUCUUUGUGGUGGUGCAGAAACAAGGGUUGUACUUCCCACUCAGGUUCUGGUGUCCUUUGAAGAUGUAACUGUGUUUUUCUCUGAGGAGGAGUGGGCUCUGCUGGAUUUUGACCAAAAAUCACUGUAUAGAGAGGUCAUGCUGGAAAAUGCUAAGCAUGUGGAGUCCAUGGUUGACAAGCAGGAACCAGAGAAUUAUAAAGAAUCGGAUGUGAAUUCUUUGAAACAAACUGAAACUGGAGAAGGGAUAUUGCAAAAUCAGGAGGAGCCAAACAUGAUUGAAAACCAGUUGAACAAUAGGAUGGAGAAAUCCUCUAGUUUUAAGUAUGGAGAAAAUUGCACCUUCCAUAUGCAACAUCACAAAGAAAAAGGGAGCUAUGUAAAGGCUGAAAAAAUGUCCAUCCAUAAAUCAGACGUCCAUGAAUAUAGCAGUAUCUAUACUAAAGAGAAGCAGCCUAAAUGUAAAGAACAUGGAAAAAAUAAUUCGAAUCUCUAUCUUACUUUACAUCAAAGCAUUGGGAUACCGAAAUCACGUAAGAGUUCAAACAGUGGAAAAAGCUUUAAUGAGAAAAGUACUUUUAACUCCCAGAAAACCGUUCAUAGAGUGGAGAAGUCAUGUAAAAGCAGAGAACACAGAACACAUUUCUAUACAAGCAAUGAUCAUAUUGUGCACAAAAAGUCCAAUCCAGGAAAGAAACCUUAUAAAUGCAUGGAUUGUGGAAAGAGGUUCUGUACAAGUAUUGAUCUUACUUCGCAUAAAAGUAUCCACACAGAGGAUAAGCCACGUAGAUGCACAAACUGUGGAAAGAGCCUCACCACAAGCAGUUCCCUUACUGCGCAUAAAAGGAUCCACAUGGGAGAUAAACCACAUAAGUGCACGGAAUGUGGAAAGAAUUUCAGCCAGAGUGCUUUGCCUAAUUCCCAGAAGCUGAUCCAUACAGGGAUGAAGCCAUAUCAAUGCUCGGCAUGCAGAAAGCGAUUUUGUACAAGCAGUGAUCUCAUCUCCCAUAAGAGGAUGCACACACGGGAGAAACACACAUUUAAAUGCCUGAAGUGUGGAAAAAACUUUACAGUGAGACGUGGUCUUAUUUCCCAUGAAAGAAUUCACACAAAGGAGAAAGCAUAUAAAUGCAGGGAGUGUGGAAAGACUUUUGUAAGGAGAAGUGAUCUUACUUCCCAUAAGAGGAGCCACAUGGGAAAAAAAACAUAUCAGUGCUCAGAGUGUGGGAAAGGCUUCAGUUGGAGCAGUAACCUUACCUCCCAUAAAAGGAUCCACACAGGGGAAAAGCCCUAUCAAUGCAUGGAGUGCCCAAAGAGCUUCAGAGACAUGAGUUCCUUUACUUCCCAUAAAAGGUUCCAUACAGGGGAGAAACCAUACAAAUGUACGGAGUGUGGAAAGAGCUUUAGUCAAAACAGUCAACUUACUUCCCAUAAAAGGGUUCACACAGGGGAGAAACCGUAUAAGUGUACAGACUGUGGAAAGAGCUUCACCACAAGUGGUUCUCUUACUGCCCAUAAAAGGAAUCACACAGGAGAGAAACCCUUUAAGUGCAUGGAAUGUGGAAAGAGUUUCAGCCAAAGUUCUUCCCUUACUUCUCAUGAAAAGAUCCAUACAGGGAUGAAACCCUUCCAAUGCUUGCAGUGUGAAAAGAGAUUUGGUACAAGCAGUGAUCUCAUUUCCCAUAAAAGGAUCCAUACAGGGGAGAAACCAUUUAAAUGUCUGGAGUGUGGAAAAAACUUUACAAUGAGACGUGGUCUUACUUCCCACGAAAGGAUCCACACAGGGGAGAAACCGUAUCAAUGCACAGAUUGUGGAAAGUGCUUUAUAAGUAGAAGUGAUCUUACUUCCCAUAAAAGGAUCCACACAGGGGAGAAACCGUAUCAAUGCACUGAGUGUGGGAAAAGCUUCAGUUGGAGCAGUAACCUUACUUCACAUAAAAGAAUUCACACAGGAGAAAAACCAUAUAAGUGCAUGGAGUGUGGGAAGAGUUUCAGCCAGAGCACUUCCCUUACUUCCCAUGAAAGGAUCCAUACAGGGAUGAAACCGUAUCAAUGCAUGGAGUGUGGGAAGAGAUUCAGUACAAGCAGUGAACUCAUUUCCCAUAAAAGGAUCCACACAGGGGAGAAACCUUACCAAUGCAUGGACUGUGGAAGGAGUUUUAGAGACUUGAGUUCCUUUACUUCUCAUAAAAGGUUCCACACUGGAGAGAAGCCCUACAAAUGCAUGGAGUGUGGAAAGAGCUUUACUCAAAGCAGUCAGUUUACCUGCCAUAAAAGGAUCCACACAGGGGAGAAGCCAUACAAAUGCACAGACUGUGGAAAGAGCUUCACCACCAGUGGUUCCCUCACUGCCCAUAAAAGGAUCCACACGGGGGAGAAACCAUAUAAGUGCACGGAAUGCGGGAAGAGUUUCAGCCAAAGUGCUUCCCUUAGUUCCCAUGAAAGGAUCCAUACUGGGAUGAAACCAUAUUCAUGCCUGGAUUGUGGAAAGACCUUCAGUCAAAGCAGCCACCUUAGUUCCCAUAAGAAGAUCCACUCAGGGGAAAAGCUGUAUAAAUGCACAGUAUGUGAAAAGAGCUUUCAUACAAGCAGUUCCCUGAUAUCACAUAAGAGGAUCCACUCUGGUGAGAAACCAUACCAUUGCAGCGACUGUGGAAAAAGUUUCAUUACAAGCAGUUCCCUUAAUUCGCAUAGGAGGAUCCACACGGGAGAGAAACCGUAUCAGUGUCAGGUGUGUGGAAAGAGUUUCAGCCACAAUACUUCUCUCUCUUUUCAUAAAAGGAUCCACACAAGAGAGAACCCACCUAAGCCAUACAAAUGCACAGACUGUGGAAAGAGCUUCACCACCAGUGGUUCCCUCACCGCUCAUAAAAGGAUCCACACAGGGGAGAAACCAUAUAAGUGCAUGCAUUGCGGGAAGAGCUUCAGCCAAAGUGCUUCCCUUACUUCCCACGAAAGGAUGCAUACUGGGAUGAAACCAUAUCUGUGCAUGGAUUGUGGAAAAAAGUUCGGUCAAAGCAGUGAUCUCAUUUCCCAUAAAAGGAUCCAUACAGGGGAGAAACCAUUUAAAUGUCUGGAGUGUGGAAAAAGCUUUACAAUGAGACGUGGUCUUACUUCCCAUGAAAGGAUCCACACAGGGGAGAAACCGUAUCAAUGCACAGAUUGUGGAAAGUGCUUUAUAAGUAGAAGUGAUCUUACUUCCCAUAAAAGGAUCCACACAGGGGAGAAGCCGUAUCAAUGCAUGGAGUGUGGAAAAAGCUUCAGUUGGAGUAAUAACCUUACCAGUCAUCAAAGGAUCCAUACAGGGGAGAAACCAUAUAAGUGCAUGGAGUGUGGAAAGAGUUUCAAUCAGAGCACUUCCCUUACUUCACAUGAAAGGAUCCAUACAGGGAUGAAACCGUAUCAGUGCAUGGAGUGUGGAAAAAGCUUCAAUACAAGCAGUGAACUCAUUUCCCAUAAAAGGAUCCACACAGGGGAGAAACCAUAUAAAUGCACAGCGUGUGGAAAGAGCUUCCGCAAGAGUACUGAUCUUAUUUCUCAUGAAAGGAUCCACACAGGAGAGAAGCCAUACAGAUGUACGGAGUGUGGGAAAUGCUUCAGCCAACACAGAAAUCUGUCCUGCCAUAAAAGGAUCCACACAGGGGAGAAGCCAUACAAAUGCACAGAUUGUGGAAAGAGCUUCACCACCAGUGGUUCCCUCACUGCCCAUAAAAGGAUCCACACGGGGGAGAAACCAUAUAAGUGCACGGAAUGCGGGAAGAGUUUCAGCCAAAGUGCUUCCCUUAGUUCCCAUGAAAGGAUCCAUACUGGGAUGAAACCAUAUUCGUGCCUGGAUUGUGGAAAGAAAUUCAGUAAAAGCAGCCACCUUAGUUCUCAUAAGAAGAUCCACUCUGGGGAGAAGCUAUAUAAAUGCUCAGACUGUGAAAAGAGCUUUUACACAAGCAGUUCCCUGAUAUCACAUAAGAGGAUCCACUCUGGUGAGAAACCAUACCAUUGCACCGACUGUGGAAAGUGUUUCAAUACAAGCAGUUCCCUCAGUUCACAUAGGAGGAUCCACACAGGAGAGAAACCAUAUGAGUGCCAGGAGUGUGGGAAGAGUUUCAGUCACAACACUUCCCUCUCUUUUCAUAAAAGGAGCCACACAAAGAAGAACCCACCUGCCUGCAUAUAAUAAGCAAGGAACUUCUUUCAGAGUAUGAACUUCUGAUAAAAGAAGUUACAUGGAGGAAAGGCUCAGUACAUGCAUGCAAUAUGGAAAGAACUUAAGUGAUUCCAUUUCUGAUCAAUAUGCCAAAAUUAAAAGGGAAUGCAUUAUUUAAUUCGAGAAAAUGAGUUAGAGUGAAAGGUGGCGAAGAGAAGAAAUUGAAUGGAUGGGCCAGAUGAAAAAGAUUUGGAAGAGCUUCAAGUUAUUACAAGAGGAAGGCCAAGAUCUUGUCUGUGUUAACAGUAAUGGCAUUGUUCAAGACAAACACGUUGUGCAGAUCAUCACGAACUGGAGUCUCCUUCAUAUUGGAAAACAUGCGUUGUUAUAAACUUUACGACAUAGGUCUCCAUCCAAUGUAUAAGUGUCACAGCUGUGAUGUUCUGGCCAUUCCUCCAGGAAUAGAUCCUUUCUUAUUCCUUUGCCCACAGUAAUGGGAGAAUUUUUUUUUAAAAAAAAAGUAGUUUGGAUUUGCUACCCAGAGUAGCCUCAUGACAAAUGGCAAAUUUAACAAAUAAAUAAUUUGCAACUACUAAAAUUAAAAUGGCAAUUGUCUGUUUACCUCCAGCUGGUCAAAAUCCUAAGAGUUGAAGGAUGUACCGGUGAUCUUUAGAUUUAGGUGAGAUACAAAUAAAUAAUCUAUAAAAUGAGAAAUGUAUCCAUGCAUGGAAUGUGGAAAAUGCUUCCACAUCUUGCAAUGUUAUUCCACACAAAGGAGAAACUUUGGAAAUAGUGCAAUGAAACCUCAAAGGAUUCUUAAAUAUGCAUUCCAAGUAGAGAAAGAACUUCAAAGCUUUACUCCCCACAAAAAUUGGUACUGGUUGUGCCUUUUUACAGUAGCAAAAAUUCAAAAAAAAUUCUUCAGUCAGUUUUCUUCCUUUAUUUCAUCUGAUAAUUCUUACUAUCUCAGGAGACCCUUUAAUUUUCAUUAUUUGUAUUUCAUAUUUUUGAGAAUUGUGUUUGUUUCCUAACUCUUCAAGAACCAUGUUUCUCUUCCCAUUUAUUUUUAUUAAAAUAGCUUUAUAUUUCUCCUUUAAUGCAUAGCUGCCAUCUCCUUUGUACACUUUGCUUUUUUAAAAAGUUUCCCUCAGACUUCUAAAUUAGCUCUGCAAUUUCUGAGGUAAUUUUUUUUCUGGAACUGAAUGUCCUUCGACCAGUACUCCCAUUCAGAAUACAAUAUUUUCAAUAUUGACUCCCCCCCUUUUCAGGAUCUCCAUUUUGCUCUCCCAAAGCUUCUCCCCAGGUGCCAAAGACACUUUUAUUACCUCAUUAUCAAGAAUAGAAUAGAUGAAUAACAAGAGUUGGAAGGGAUUUUGCAGGGCUUCUAAUCUAGUACAACCCUAUAACCAUUUCAGGCAAAUAGUUGUCCAAUCUCUUAAAAACUUCCA